GGAAGGAUAGCGUGCGCUAAUGUCCUCAGUGAUCUCUAUGCUAUGGGCAUCACAGAGUGUGACAACAUGCUGAUGCUACUCAGUGUCAGCCAGAAGAUGUCUGAGAAGGUAGGUAUUGCUGUACAAAAUGAUCUUGUUGCCAUCUGAUGCACAUUCAAAUGUCAUAAUAAAUCAACACUGCAGAGCUCCUCCCUGUCCUCGGGCCGUGCCCUGAUUAUAUUACUGCUGAUGAUAUCUAGAAAUGUGCUCCUUAAACUUGACCCAAAAAAAACCUCUGGGUCAGAUGGUCUAGACCCUGUCUUCUUUAAGGUUGCAGCCCCUAUCAUCGCCAAGCCUGUCUCUGACCUUUAACCUGUCUCUCCUCUCUGGGGAGGUUCCCAUUGCUUGGAAGGCAGCCACGGUGCGUCCUUUAUUUAAAGGAGGAGGUCAAGCUGAUCCUAACUGUUAUAGGCCAAUUUCUAUUUUGCCCUGUUUAUCAAAAGGUGUUGGAAAAACCUGUCAAUAAUCAACUGACUGGCUUUCUUGAUGUCUAUAGUAUUCUCUCUGGUAUGGAAUCUGGUUUCCGCUCAGGUUAUGGAUGUGUCACUGCAACCUUAAAGGUCCUAAAUGAUGUCACCAUUGCCCUUGAUUCUAAGCAAUGUUGUGCUGCUAUUUUUAUUGACUUGGCCAAAGCUUUUGAUACGGUAGACCGGCUUUGCCCAAACUGGGGAAUACGUUCCCCCAGGGGUACGCGCAAUGCUGUCGGUGGUACGCCAAAUACAAAAUGUGAUUCACAUUUUCAAACAGUCCAUUUAGAUUUUCCAACGGGGCUAUACAUUUGGGUGAUGUUUUUUUCCUCGCCUGAGUAGCCUUGUUUCACUGCCAAAAAAUAAAAUUAAACCAUCUAGUGUUCAACGAAAUGAAAAACACAAUGUCAAAUACAGGUAGCCUAGUCAAAUAAUUAACAUCCAAUCACAUUAACCGUCACUCUCUCGUGGGAAUUCCACUAACGGUCCAUUUGUAGCUGCUGCUUAUUCCGUUUGCUCGAAAAUUGAUAAAUGUUUAAAAAUAAAGUACGGCCCUCGUCCAUAGAGACACAUACCAGCUCUACCAGCGGUACUGCUACCCCCAGCGGUCCUGCUACCCCCAGCGGUACUGCUACUCCCAGCGGUACUGCACCUGCACCUGUCGACGACACAAGUGGUUCUGCUUCCACCAACACAGCCAACGCUAGCAUCAGUCAUUCUACAUCCCAGCAAGCACGGACACUGACCGUUGUGAAUCUGACGCAGCCGAAAGAGCUACUGCCCCCUUACCCGGGUAAGCACCGAACAACAGACGGGGACGUUGGACCAUCGAAGAGGCGCAAAUAUGAUGAGAACUACAUUGAUUUGGGGUUCACUUUAUAUUGGGAGUAGUGCCUUUCCUCAAGCCACGGUGCUGCCAAAGGAAUGGGGACACUGCAGCAUCCACCGAGAGGCUCUUGCUGCCAAGGGAAUGGGGACACUGCACUCCACCGAGAGGCUCUUGCUGCCAAGGGAAUGGGGACACUGCAGCAUCCACAGAGAGGCUCUUGCUGCCAAGGGAAUGGGGACACUGCAGCAUCCACCGAGAGGCUCUUGCUGCCAAGGGAAUGCCUGACAGCUGGAAAGACGUUUUGGACACUACUUAUCCCAGAGGCUGCUCCAAGACGCCGCCGGGGGAGAAAAGGUAUUCGGAGUGGACUUCUAGUCCGACUCGGGAGGCGGGCACAUCAUCCACCGCUUCCGACUAUAUUACUCGCUAAUGUUCAGUCUCUGGACAAUAAAGUAGGCGAUCUCAGGGCGAGGAUCUCCUUCCAGAGAGACAUCAGGGACUGUAACAUAAUCUGUUUCACGGAAUCAUGGCAGUCUCCGGAUACACUGUCCCCGUCCAUACAGCCAGCUGGGUUCUCAGUACAUCGCGCAGACCGCAAUAAAGAACUCUCCGGGAAGAAGAAAGGCGGUGGUGUAUGUUUCAUGAUUAACUACUCAUGGUGUGACUGUGAUAACGUACAGGAACUCAAGUCCUUUUGUUCACCCGACCUAGGAUACCUCACAAUCAAAUGCCGAUGUCACGACUUCCGCCGAGGCUGCCCCCCCUCCUGGUUCGGGCAGGCUUCGGCGUUCGUCAACACCGGAGUACUAGCUACUGCCGAUCCCAUUCUCAUCACUCCACUUGUGUAUAAGUGUUCCCCUUGUCUUUGUGAGUGAGGAUCUCCUUCCAAAGAGACAUCAGGGACUGUAACAUACUCUGUUUCACGGAAUCAUGUCUCUCUCCCGAUAUACUGUCCCUGUCCAUACAGCCAGCUGGGUUCUCAGUACAUCGCGCAGACAGGAAUAAAGAACUCGCCGGGAAGAAGAAAGGUGUAGCUCAGGGGUACUCAACUACUAUUUGAGAUGGUCCAGUGACACAAAUUUCCUAGGUGGCAAAGGUCCGGAGGGAGAUCGUCCUUUAUCGGCGCUGUGGUACAACGUAGUAACAAACAUAGUCGUCUACGACUUAUAUAAAAUGUACAUUAAAUACAUUAAAUGAGACUAAGAACUUGAAAUAAUUACUUUUGAAUGUAAACGUGCAACAUUGCAUCAACGUUGCUGAAGAACAAAAGUGGUUGCAUAAUUGUCUAUGAAAAAGGUGCACUCUGAAACAUUGUACAUGGGCCUUGAAUAAAAAUAUAUAUAUAUAAAAUAAAGUGCAUGUUUUCUGGAGAACAAAGGAGAGUUGAACAAAUAUAAUAAUCUGAAUGCUCAGAACGUCACUGUGAGCCAUGCAAUACUCAUGUAUAAGUCCUUCUGGGCCUUUCCCUGCAUUAAUGAGAGAAAUGACACUUUCUGUCUCCUGCCAAUGCUUUGAACUUUGGCACAAAUGGUGUGAGAGCAACUCGGAGACACUGGUGCAGGUGUUCAUUGGUGAGCCUGGUGCGGUAUUUGUUUUGAAUAAAGUUCAUUGUGGAGAAGGCUGAUUCCCAGCUGUCUGUGGAUCCAAACAUGGUCAGGAUGUAUAGCGCCAGCUGUCUGUGGAGCCAAACAUGGUCUGGAUGUGUAGCGCCAGCUGUCUGUGGAUCCAAACAUGGUCAGGAUGUGUAGCGCCAGCUGUCUGUGGAGCCAAACAUGGUCAGGAUGUGUAGCGCCAGCUGUCUGUGGAUCCAAACAUGGUCAGGAUGUGUAGCGCCAGCUGUCUGUGGAUCCAAACAUGGUCUGGAUGUGUAGCGCCAGCUGUCUGUGGAGCCAAACAUGGUCUGGAUGUGUAGCGCCAGUUUCCUGAACAGGGACAUCAGCUGCAGGCGCCAUCUUUCCCCAGAAAGGGACAGGGUCACGAUCACCAGCCGGCUCCUUCAGAGCCAAUCACCAGCCGGCUCCUUCAGAGCCAAUCACCAGCCGGCUCCUUCAGAGCCGAUCACCAGCCGGCUCCUUCAGAGCCAAUCACCAGCCGGCUCCUUCAGAGCCAAUCAACAGCCGGCUCCUUCAGAGCCAAUCACCAGCCGGCUCCUUCAGAGCCAAUCAACAGCCGGCUCCUUCAGAGCCAAUCAACAGCCGGCUCCUUCAGAGCCAAUCAACAGCCGGCUCCUUCAGAGCCAAUCAACAGCCGGCUCCUUCAGAGCCAAUCAACAGCCGGCUCCUUCAGAGCCAAUCACCAGCCGGCUCCUUCAGAGCCAAUCACCAGCCGGCUCCUUCAGAGCCAAUCACCAGCCGGCUCCUUCAGAGCCAAUCACCAGCCUGCUCCUUCAGAGCCAAUCACCAGCCUGCUCCUUCAGAGCCAAUCACCAGCCGGCUCCUUCAAAGACACAUUUUCUUGCAGCUCAAUCAACUCCAUUUGCAGUGAUGCAACAUCAACCCAUCUGAAGAUCCGUUUUGCUUCUUCUGACAACUUUGUCACAUUUGUGACCAAGAAGGGGGUUCUGGAUGAGCAGCAGCAGUUCUCCUCCAACAGUGAAGUCAUCAAAGCGAGCCUUGAAGUUCUCCAUCAGCUUCUGGAUGAAAUCAACCUGGUUGGGAACAUCUUUGUCUCCCUGCGUUUGGGCCAGAAGAUUGGGGACAAGUUCUCCCUGGAGAUCAUUCUUGAAAAGCUCCAAUGUCUUCUGGAAAGCCCGGACUGCCGUUAUCAUAUCUCACACUGUGUUGUCCCGUCCCUGCAGCUUAACAUUCAGUUGAUUAAGGUGUGAUGGAAUGUUUGUCAAAAAUGCAACAGUUUCCAUCUUCUCCUCAUCUUCCAAAAACUCAAACUGAGUUGCCUUGUCACUCUUUUGCCCUGAUAACAAAGCUUUGAUUUCCUCCUGAAUGGUCCAAAAGCGUUCCAAAACCCUGCCUUUGCUGAGCCAUCUGACAUUGUUGUAGUAAGUCAUCAUAGCUGGCAUUGGCCUCAGUCAGAAUGCCUCGUAGCAGGCGGUGUUGCAGGGAUGAUGUUGCUUUCGUUGUCAUGACCUCGGAAUACUAUUUUUGCAGACUGGCACACAGGACAGAUUGAUGUAUGAUGCAGUGAUAUGAUGUCAGGUCAGGAUGUUUCAACCAGUCCCCUCCCUCUUCCUGUCACGGCCGGAGCUCCAUCUGUGGUGAUGGAGACCACUGACUUCAGAUCUAUCCCCCUUUCUGUCAGCAUCCCUUUGAUGGCCUCAUGGAUAUCCUCUCCCCGUGGGCUUCUAGAUGUGUUAAGCUCAACAACUCCUCCCAGAAUCCCUUCUUUGUUUCGUUAUAAAACAAACACCAGAAGCUGGGCAUUAUCAGUGGUAUCUGUUGAUUCAUCUACAGCUAAUGAAAUGCAUGGUGCAUUCUGAAUGGCCUCAUCAAGUUGGGAAUUUAAAUCUUUGGCUAAUAUUUCAGUUCUCCUCAUGGCUGUGGAAUCUGACAGUGGGAUCUGUUUGAUCUUUUCCCUGAGCUCAUCUUUUUGUUUACCUUCAAGCAAGGUGUUAGCAACUUCACACAUGCAUUGUUUUACCAUCUCAGCGUCUGAAAAUGUUUUUUUGGUGUUUUCCCAAAACCCAAGCUAUCCUCAGUGAACACUCCAUUGCAGGUUGUUGGGCUGUCAGGGAAUUGACAAGGACUUGGGUGGACCUCUCAUAUUGGGAUUUGAGUUGGUUAAUCCAGUUUGUUCUCACCUCCGUGUCUGAUCCAGUUUACUAUGCCUGGUGUCAUAAUGGUGUUUAACAUGGGCACUUUUCAGGAGAGCUACGACUCACUGCAUAUCAGGCACAUUGGUUUGGUGCUAGUUGAGGGGAAAAUGAAUAAAUACUGUUCUGUCCACUCGUCUUUGAAUAUACGGCUUUCAGAGUCAACUUUUGUGUUUGUUUUAACAAGCCAUAUUAACAAAGAUACUGGUAACUAAGCUCCUUCUAUCUGUGAUAUUUACAGUUGAACCGCGGCCAAAUCUUUGUGUUUCUUUCUGCCUGCUUGUCCCAAGGUUCCGCUGAGGAUAUUUGGAUUAAUGUGAUUGGGUAAGACGCGGCCUCUUGUAUUUGCAUAUAACCACGCAAUUGGAUAAGACGGGGCACUAGUAGAGGUGGGCGUGGCUUCGAGAGAGUGAGAAAGAGAGGUUGCUGAGUUAGAGGCCGCUGUCUAAAAAUAAUGUAUUGACUUUUAUAUAACAAAAUGCGAUGAUGUCGGGAUUGACCCUUCUCUGGGUCCGGACCGCGGUCUGCCAGUUGAGUUUGGCUGGCGUAGGUGUAUGUUUCAUGAUUUAACUAGUCAUGGUGUGAUUGUGUUAACGUACAAUAACUCAAGUCCUUUUGUUCCCCCGACCGCAUUACCUCCCAAGAGAUCUUCGGUUUUCGUCCCAGCCGUGUAUAUUCCCCCUCAAGCCGACACCCCGACGACCCCCGACACCACAACGGCCCCCGACACCACGACGACCCCCGACACCACGACGGCCCCCGACACCACGACGACCCCCGACACCACGACGACCCCCGACACCACGACGGCCCCCGACACCACGACGACCCUCAGGGAACUACACUGGACUUUGUGCAAACUGGAAACCGCAUAUCCUAUUUAUUGUAGCUGGGGACUUUAACAAAGUAAAUCUGAGGAAAACACUAAGAAGUUUCAUCAACACAUUGCCUGUAGUACUCAGUCUUCAAAAACUCUCGACCAUUGUUACUCUUUCUUCCUGAAUGGCUACAAGGCCCUCCCCCGCCCUCCCUUCGGCAAAUCAGAUCACCACUCCAUUCUGCUCCUCCCUUCCUAUAGGCAGAAAAUCUAAAUAUAUUUUAUAUUUGAGAUUCUUCAAAUAGCCACCCUUUGCCUUGAUGACAGCUUUGCACACUCUUGGCAUUCUCUCAACCAGCUUCACCUGGAAUGCUUUUCCAACAGUCUUGAAGGAGUUCCCACAUAUGCUGAGCACUUGUUGGCUGCUUUUCCUUCACUCUGCGCUCCAACUCAUCCCAAACCAUCUCAAUUGGGUUGAGGUCGGGGGAUUGGUCUGUGAUUUAUUUAGAAUUCAAGGCACACAUAAUCAGCAUGGCUACCACAGUAUUCUGCAGCGAUACGCCAUCACAUCUGGUUUGGGCUUAGUGGGACUAUAAUUUGUUUUUGAACAGGACAAUGACCCAACACACCUCCAGGCUGUGUAAGGGCUAUUUUACCAAGCAGGAGAGUGAUGUAGUGCUGCAUCAGAUGACCUGGCCUCCACAAUCACCCGACCUCAACCCAAUUGAGAUGGUUUGGGAUGAGUAGGACGCCAGAGUGAAGGAAAAGCAGCCAACAAGUGCUAAUCAUAUGUGGGAACUCCUUCAAGACUGUUGGAGAAGCAUUCCAGAUGAAGCUGGUUGAGAGAAUGCCAAGAGUGUGCAAAGCUGUCAACGCAAAGGGUGGCUACUUUGAAGAAUCUCAAAUAUAUCAAAUAUAUUUUGAUUUAACAAUUUUCUGGUUACUUCAUGAUUCCAAAUGUGUUAUUUCAUAGUUUUGAUGUCUUCACUAUUAUUCUACAAUGUAGAAAGUAGUAAAAAUAAAGAAAAACCCUGGAAUGAGUAGGUGUGUCCAAACAUGACUGGUACUGUGUAUGUAAAAUAUAUGAUACUCCGGACUCCGACAUUGAUCGUUCUAAUAUUAUAUUUCUUAAUUCCAUUAUUUUACUUUAGAUCUGUGUGUAUUGUUAGAUACUACUGCACUGUUGGAGCUAGGAUCAUAAGCAUUUCGCUACACCUGCAAUAACAUCUGCUAAAAAAUGUGUAUGUGACCAAUAAAAUGAGUUUUGAUUUGAACAUCAUGCUGUGUAUGUAGCAGCGUGUCUGGUGGGGCUUCGGAACAACUAACUGGCUGUUCAUUCAUAAACCCACUCAUCUGCAAAUGUCAGACUUUGGACUGACUGUUACAUGUGAAGCAACCUCUCUGUAGCGUGUUUGUGUGUGCGUCAGACGUGCAUGUGUUCCUGGAGUUAUGCCCAGUCCGUCUAACCUGCAGAACUGGAAGCUAGUUGGCCGUAAUGAUGUGUGUUUUGUCUGUGUGCAGGAGCGCGAGCUUGUGAUGAAAUGAUAACCGUGUCUGUGUGCAGGAGCGUGAGCGUGUGAUGAAAUGAUAACCGUGUCUGUGUGCAGGAGCGUGAGCGUGUGAUGAAAUGAUAACCGUGUCUGUGUGCAGGAGCGUGAGCGUGUGAUGAAAUGAUAACCGUGUCUGUGUGCAGGAGCGCGAGCUUGUGAUGCCUCUGAUGAUCCGUGGUUUCCGUGAUGCGGCGGAGGAGGGCGGGACUUCUGUGACGGGCGGCCAGACGGUGGUCAACCCCUGGAUCAUCAUAGGGGGCGUGGCCUCGGUCGUCUGCCAACCCAACGAGUUCAUCAUGUAAGAGCGGGAGUGGGGGUUCUGUUCAGAGAGUGGUCAUGGUGUUAUCAGUGGGUUCUGUUCAGAGAGUGGUCAUGGUGUUAUCAGUGGGUUCUGUUCAGAGAGUGGUCAUGGUGUUAUCAGUGGGUUCUGUUCAGAGAGUGGUCAUGGUGUUAUCAGUGGGUUCUGUUCAGAGAGUGGUCAUGGUGUUAUCAGUGGGUUCUGUUCAGAGAGUGGUCAUGGUGUUAUCAGUGGGUUCUGUUCAGAGAGUGGUCAUGGUGUUAUCAGUGGGUUCUGUUCAGAGAGUGGUCAUGGUGUUAUCAGUGGGUUCUGUUCAGAGAGUGGUCAUGGUGUUAUCAGUGGGUUCUGUUCAGAGAGUGGUCAUGGUGUUAUCAGUGGGUUCUGUUCAGAGAGUGGUCAUGGUGUUAUCAGUCUGUUCAGAGAGUGGUCAUGGUGUUAUCAGUGGGUUCUGUUCAGAGAGUGGUCAUGGUGUUAUCAGUGGGUUCUGUUCAGAGAGUGGUCAUGGUGUUAUCAGUCUGUUCAGAGAGUGGUCAUGGUGUUAUCAGUCUGUUCAGAGAGUGGUCAUGGUGUUAUCAGUCUGUUCAGAGAGUGGUCAUGGUGUUAUCAGUGGGUUCUGUUCAGAGAGUGGUCAUGGUGUUAUCAGUGGGUUCUGUUCAGAGAGUGGUCAUGGUGUUAUCAGUGGGUUCUGUUCAGAGAGUGGUCAUGGUGUUAUCAGUGGGUUCUGUUCAGAGAGUGGUCAUGGUGUUAUCAGUGGGUUCUGUUCAGAGAGUGGUCAUGGUGUUAUCAGGGGGUUCUGUUCAGAGAGUGGUCAUGGUGUUAUCAGUGGGUUCUGUUCAGAGAGUGGUCAUGGUGUUAUCAGUGGGUUCUGUUCAGAGAGUGGUCAUGGUGUUAUCAGUGGGUUCUGUUCAGAGAGUGGUCAUGGUGUUAUCAGUGGGUUCUGUUCAGAGAGUGGUCAUGGUGUUAUCAGUGGGUUCUGUUCAGAGAGUGGUCAUGGUGUUAUCAGUUCUUGUUGGUAGCCUAGAGGUUAGAGUCCAGCCAGACAGGAUCAAUACUGUAUCUUACUGUGUGUGUGUGUGUGUAGGCCAGCCAGGAUCAAUACUGUAUCUUACUGUGUGUGUGUGUGUAGGCCAGACAGGAUCAAUACUGUAUCUUACUGUGUGUGUGUGUAGGCCAGACAGGAUCAAUACUGUAUCUUACUGUGUGUGUGUGUAGGCCAGACAGGAUCAAUACUGUAUCUUACUGUGUGAUUGUGUGUAGGCCAGACAGGAUCAAUACUGUAUCUUACUGUGUGUGUGUGUGUAGGCCAGACAGGAUCAAUACUGUAUCUUACUGUGUGUAGGCCAGACAGGAUCAAUACUGUAUCUUACUGUGUGUGUGUGGGCCAGACAGGAUCAAUACUGUAUCUUACUGUGUGUGUGUGUAGGCCAGACAGGAUCAAUACUGUAUCUUACUGUGUGUGUGUGUGUAGGCCAGACAGGAUCAAUACUGUAUCUUACUGUGUGUGUGUGUGUGGGCCAGACAGGAUCAAUACUGUAUCUUACUGUGUGUAGGCCAGACAGGAUCAAUACUGUAUCUUACUGUGUGUGUGUGGGCCAGACAGGAUCAAUACUGUAUCUUACUGUGUGUGUGUGUAGGCCAGACAGGAUCAAUACUGUAUCUUACUGUGUGUGUGUGUGUGGGCCAGACAGGAUCAAUACUGUAUCUUACUGUGUGUGUGUAGGCCAGACAGGAUCAAUACUGUAUCUUACUGUGUGUAGGCCAGACAGGAUCAAUACUGUAUCUUACUGUAUCUGUACUGGAUGUGUUGGUCCUGACCGUGUCUGUGUGUGUGUAGGCCAGACAGUGCAGUACCGGGGGACGUGUUGGUCCUGACCAAGCCUCUAGGAACCCAGGUAGCUGUCAACGCUCACCAGUGGCUGGACCAGGUAGGGUACCAUACUGCUGUCUGUCUGUCUGUCUGUCUGUCUGUCUGGUGGCUGGACCAGGUAGGGUACCAUACUGCUGUCUGUCUGUACUGUUGUGGCUGGACCAGUAGGGACCAUACUGCUGUCUGUACGUCUGUCUGGUGGCUGGACCAGGUAGGGUACCAUACUGCUGUCUGUCUGUCUGUCUGUCUGGUGGCUGGACCAGGUAGGGUACCAUACUGCUGUCUCUGUCUGUCUGUCUGGUAGCUGGACCAGGUAGGGUACCAUACUGCUGUCUGUCUGUCUGUCUGGUAGCUGGACCAGGUAGGGUACCAUACUGCUGUCUCUGUCUGUCUGGUGGCUGGACCAGGUAGGGUACCAUACUGCUGUCUGUCUGUCUGUCUGUCUGGUGCUGACCAGUAGGUACCAUUCUGUGUCUGUCUGUCUGUCUGUCUGUCUGUCUGUCUGUCUGUCUGUCUGUCUGUCUGUCUGUCUGUCUGUCUGUGUCUGUGUCUGUGUCUGUGUCUGUGUCUGUGUCUGUGUCUGUGUCUGUGUCUGUGUCUGUGUCUGUGUCUGUGUCUGUGUCUGUGUCUGUGUCUGUCUGGUGGCUGGACCAGGUAGGUCAUAUUCUAGCAGACUGGUCUGUCUUCUUAGUCUAUCAGAGGCUUCUUUGGGUGUUUCUCUGGUGUCCAAAAAUGUGGAUCUCAUUGAAAAAGAUAAAUAAUCAAUCUGUCUCCUCUCUUUCCCUCUCUCUCCCUCUUUCCCUCUCUCUCCCUCUUUCCCUCUCUUUCCCUCUUUCCCUCUCUCUCCUCGAUCUCUCCCCCUCUCUCGUGUGUGCGCGUGCACAGCCAGAGAGGUGGAAUAAGAUCAAGCUGGUGGUCUCUAAGGAGGAAGUGGAGCAGGCCUACCAGGAAGCCAUGUUCUCCAUGGCAACGCUCAACCGCACAGGUAACACACACACACUAAUAUAACAGGUAGCCUAGGGAUUAAGCGCAUUGGGCCAGUAACCGAAAGGUCGCUGGUUCGAAUCCCCGAGCCGGCAAGGUGGGAAGCGUCUGCCAUUCUGCCCUUGAGCAAUGCAGUUAACCCCCAAGAACAACUGCUCCCUGGGCGCCGAAAAGUGGACAUGGAUUAAGGCAGCCCCCUACACCUGUCUGAUUUCAGAGGGCUUGGGUUAAAUGUGGAAGACACAUUUUAGGUUGAAUGCAUUCAGUUGUGCAUCUGACUAGGUACCCCCCCCCCCCCCCCCCCCCCCCCCCCCCCCCCCCCCACACACACACACACACACACACACACACACACACACACACAACAACCCGGUCUGUAAACCGCUCUGUGUGUUUGUGUGCUCACAGCGGCAGGCCUCAUGCACAGGUUCCAGGCCCACGCGGCAACAGACGUGACUGGGUUCGGGUUGCUAGGGCACGCCCGUAACCUAGCGACGACGCAGCGUGCUGAGGUAGCCUUCGUCAUCCAUAACCUCCCCAUCAUUACCAAGAUGGCCGCCAUCAGCAAGGCCUGUGGAAACCUCUUCAACCUGCUGGGGGGGACGUCCUCGGAGACAUCUGGUAGGAGACUGGGGCCGGGCGAUUGGGCCAAAAAUAUCCAAUCACAAUACGUUUCACAUAUUUGACAGUAUUUUAUGUUUUUCAAUAAUUAAAAUUAUUUAUUUGUGCCCUAGGUGGCAACACAUACAUUCUAAGUGAUUUCAAAUGGGGCUUUCUCCAUUCGGAUUGUUUUAUACUGUUCAAUCAAACUUCAACAAAACAUUUCUCAUUUAAAAUGUCCACACUGCCACGUAAGGGCUGCACAACGUGGCCAAACGUAUCUAGGCCUUAUUUUUAACCAAAUAUUGCAAUUAGAUCAAAACACUUGAAUAGUUCUAAUUCCAUAGUUAAAACGUAAUACUGGGCAGUUCGAAGACAGUUUGACAACCAAUGAAAAAGUAUUUGAUCCCCUGCUGAUUUUGUAUGUUUGCCCACUGACAAAGACAUGAUCAGUCUAUAAUUUUAAUGGUAGGUUUAUUUGAACAGUGAGAGACAGAAUAAUAACAACAAAAAUCCAGAAAAACGCAUGUUAUUAAACGGAAAAGACUGACCUCUGAUUGGCUCAGACUUCCCUAUGGGGGAAAGAAUGGGGUUUUGGGAUAAAUGCCAAAAAUAACCUUGGACCUUAGAUCUUAACACAGGUUUAGGAAAUCUUAUUAUUUGUUAUAUAAUCACGUGUUUUGAUGGCGAACGAUUUUAAAAAUAGCUAUUUUUAUUUCUCAACUGGUAAUUGAAACGCGCUUCCCAUUGGCCUUUGAAGUGCAUCGACAAUGGUAGGAAGGUGUGAGCACGUCACGACGCAUUUUGAAAACAUAAACUUCAUUGUUUGAAACUUGAAAGUUUUAUUUCAUAUUAUGAGGCAUGUCUUACCUUGCUUCAAAGUAGCCUAUAGCCAAAAUUAUUUUAUAUAGACUUCCAUAUGCCAUUGAAACCAGUAGCCUAUUUCUCCCAUGUUCUGUUGGUUUUCAAAUCAACUUUCUUUCAUUGUCCAGUAGCCAAACUUCAAGCCUAGACAUAAUAGCAACCCCAUGCUAGCUGUUGCAUCUUUAGAUCUCUACAUUUCUAAUGGAUGUUUUCAUCUGUCACAUGGAACCGCUUGCAUGUGCGGUGCCCUUUUGGCAAUGGCGGUUUCCCGUCCACUGCUUUAUGGAACGAACAUUCGCGCGUAGCCUACUGCCUUGUGUGUGCUGACUGUUUAGCCUCUACGGGAUCGGUGUCCCGUAUACGGGACGGUUGAGCUAACGUGCGCUAAUGUGAUUAGCAUGACUGUUGUACGUAACAGGCAGCUUUCCAGGACAUAGACAUGUCUUAUAUGGGCAGAAAGCUUAAAUUAUUGUUAAUCUAACCACACUGUCCAAUUUACAGCAGCUAUUACAGUGAAGAAAUACCAUGCUAUUGUUUGAGGAGAGUGCACAACAACAAAAAACAUAUCAUGGCAACUGGUUUGAUACAUUCACCUCUGAAGGUAAAUAAUGUACUCACAUUCAGUAAUCUUGCUCUGAUUUGUCAUCCUAAGGGUCCCAGAGAUAAAAUGUAGCAUAGUUUGUUUAAUAAAAUCCAUUUUUAUAUUCAAAUGUAGGAACUGGGUUCUACAGUUUGAACCCUUGCUGUCUCUGGCUCCACACCCACCCCGCCCGGCCAUCUAGAUGUGUGAAAGUUAGUGUAGAAGCUAAUGAUCCAUCAUGUAUGACAUUCCUGGGAGUGUGUAAACUUACAUUUUGUAUUACCAUAUCAUUUUUGUAGUUAUGUACUUGAAAAUGUAUCAAUUGACCAAUUCGGCACAUUUGGGCAGACUUCAUACAAAAUAGUCCAGUAUUGCAAUGCUUCACUGGAUCAAUCUGAAACGUUUUACGCACACUGCGGCCAUCUAGUGGCCAAAGUCUAAAUUGCGCCUAAACUGCUCUAUUAUAUUGUGGCCUUUCUCUUGCAUUUCAAAGAUGAUUUUAAAAAAAAUAGUGUUAUCUUUUACCAGAUCUAAUGUGUUAUAUUCUCCUACAUUAAUUUCACAUUUCCACAAACUUCAAAGUGUUUCCUUUCUCAAAUAGUAUCAAGAAUAUGCAUGUCCUGAGCUACAGGCAGUUAGAUUUGCGUAUGUCAUUUUAGGCGAAAAUUGAAAAAGGGUCCGAUCCUUAAGAGGUUAAAGUGCAGUGUAUUUGACCUUUAAUUGUACAACAACCCAUAUUUAGAGAGAACAUCUUUAGGCCAUAUCGCUCAGCCUGAUGUUGAGUGUGAAAAACUCAGCAGCGUUGCAGUUCUCAAUCCGGUGCGCCUGGCAAAUACUACCAUACCAAAGGCACUUAAAUAUGUUAUCUUGCCUAUUCACCCUCUGAAUGGCACAUAUACACAAUCCAUGUCUCAAUUGUGUCAAGGCUUAAAAAUCCUUCUUUAACCCGUCUCCUCCCCUGAUUUUGAAGUGGAUUUAACAAGUGACAUCAAUAAGGGAUCAUAGCUUUCACCUGAUCAGUCUGUCAUGGAAAGAGCAGGUGUUCCUAAUAUUUUGUACACUUGGUGUAUAUAGAUCAUUUACACACAGGAGUCAGCUCAGACAGAUCCAUGUCAGACAGGCCCAGCUCAGACAGAUCCAUGUCAGACAGGCCCAGCUCAGACAGAUCCAUGUCAGACAGGCCCAGGUCAGACAGGCCCAGGUCAGACAGGCCCAGCUCAGACAGAUCCAUGUCAGACAGGCCCAGCUAAGACAGAUCCAUGUCAGACAGAUCCAUGUCAGACAGAUCCAUGUCAGACAGAUCCAUGUCAGACAGGCCCGGCUCAGACAGGCCCGGCUCAGACAGGCCCGGCUCAGACAGGCCCGGCUCAGACAGGCCCGGCUCAGACAGGCCCAGCUCAGACAGGCCCAGCUCAGACAGAUCCAUGUCAGACAGGCCCAGCUCAGACAGAUCCAGGUCAUGAGCUCCAUAAGCAGCAGAUUAUAAUUUAGAAAUGGAAAAUGAAAUGUGUUUAUGAAAGAAAUGUUAGUGCUUCGUAUCGCAUCAAACUGAAUCGCAGCGAAUCGCCCCUCUAAUCAAACUGAAUCGCAGCGAAUCGCCCCUCUAAUCAAACUGAAUCGCAUCGAUUCGUUCCUCUAAUCAAACUGAAUCGCAUCGAAUCGUUUAAAAACUAAAACGUAUUGUAUCUGAGCCCAUGCAUCGAGUCGUCUUGAAAGGGAAGGAUGCACAUCCCUACUAUUGCUCUCUCUUCCUCUGAUUUAGAAGAUACCGUUGCACCAGCAACAUGCUGAUCUGGUCCUACACCAUCACUGGAAUCAGGCUGUAUUAGAUACAGCGAGGGGAAAAAAGUAUUUCAUCCCCUGCUGUUAAAAUUAUAGACUGAUCAUGUCUUUGUCAGUGGGCAAACGUAGAAAAUCAGCAGGGGAUCAAAUACUUUUUUCCCUCACUGUAGGUAAGUUUGCUCUGACUCGGAUUACAUUUACAGCGAGCUCCAAAAGUAUUGGAACAGGGACACGUUUGGCUCUGUACUCCAGCACUUUGGAUUUGAAAUUAUACAAUGACUAUGAGGUUAAAGUACAGACUGUCAACUUUAAUUUGAGGGUAUUUUCAUCCAUAUCUGGUGAACCGUUUAUGAAAUGACAGCAUUGUUUGUACAUAGUCCCCCCAUUUUAGGGGACCAAAAGUAUUGGGACAAAUUCACUUACAUGUGUAUAAAAGUAUUAAGAAGUGUAGUAUUUGGUCCCAUAUUCACAGCACACAAUGACUACAUCAAGAUUGUGACUCUACAAAUUUGUUGGAUGCAUUUGCUGUUUGUUUUGGUUGUGUUUCAGAUGAUCUUGUGCCCAAUAGAAAUGAAUGGUAAAUAAUAUAUUGUGUCAUUUUGGAGUCACUUUUAUUGUGAAUAAGAAUAGAAUGUUUCUAAACACUUCUACAUGAAUGUGGACGCUACCAUGGUUACGGAUAAUCCUGAAUGAAUCGUGAAAAAUUGUGUGAGAAAGUUAAAUAAACGCACAAAUAUCAUACCCCCCCAAAAAUGCUAACCUCCCCUGUUAUUGUAAUGGUGAGAGGUCAGCAUGUCUUGGGAGGUAUGAUAUGUGCUCUGUAGCUUUCUCAUUCACCAUUAUUCACGAUUCAUUCAGGAUUAUCCGUAGUCAUGGUAGCAUCCACAUUCAUGUAGAAGCGUUUAGAAACAUAUUCUAUUGCUAUUUACAAUAAAUUACUCCCAAAUGACACUAUUUACCGUUCAUCCUGUGUGUAGGAGGCCUGCUAGUAAGCCUGCCCAGAGAGCAGGCGGCCCGGUUCUGUGCGGAGGUGAAGGGUCAGGGGUCGGGGGGAGGAGCCUGGAUCAUCGGCAUCGUGGAGAAAGGAGAACGCGGCGCUCGCAUCAUCGACAAACCACGCAUCAUCGAAGUCCCGCCCAGAGGGACCGCUGCAGCCAAUCAGGAGAACAGCAGCUCCACUAGUCCCGCUCCCGGCGAUACGAUGUCAUAGACUCUCCCUCUGACGUGUGGUGUGUGAGGCGGUCCAUCUCGUUCCCCUGUUUAGCCACAGGAGCUACAGCCCAAAACACCUAACAUGCUGGGAGAGGGAUUGGACAAUGCUCCAAACCGUUCCUCUUCCAAAUGAAAUUAACAUUCCGACAGUUUUCCCUCCAAAAUCAGUGAAUGGGAAAUCGAUCAAGUUUUGUAUGUGUGAUUUAGAGUGGGGGUCAGAGCAUUGUCCUGGUGAAGCUUUUGUCAUUGUGGGAGGGGUUGGAAAAUGUCAUUGUGUUUAAUGUGUUUCUAUAUUGGCUUGUCUAUCAGGAUGUCUGGCACCACCCAUUGGUUCAGAGGCAGGGUUGAGCAGCUCUCUCUGGACCAAUGGGGUCGUCCG